GGAAGGUCUUGGUGUCGGGAACCGACGCAGCAGGUGCUGGUCUCGGGGGCUGACGCCGACGGGCCCGCAGACGCGCCAUGAGUCCCGCAGGCGUGGGCCUCAGGGCCGCCGUGCUCUGCCUCUUGGCCUGGGCUGGCCUGCCCGCCGCCGACCGGCUCUACAUUCACCCCUUCCACAUGCUCGUCUACAGCAAGAGCAGCUGCGAGCAGCUGGAGAAGCCCAGCGGGGAGACGCCCCCGGACCCCACCUUCACGGCCGUCCCCAUCCAGGCCAAGACGUCCCCGGUGGACGAGGAGGCGCUGAGGGAGCAGCUGGUGCUGGCUGCCCGGAGGCUCCAGGGCGAGGACAGGAUGCGGGUGGCCACGGUGGGCAUGCUGCUGAACUUCAUGGGCUUCCGCAUGUACAAGACGCUGACCGAGACGCAGGCCGCGGCCGGCGGGGCCGUCCUCUCCCCGACGGCGCUCUUCGGCACCCUGACCUCCUUCUACCUGGGCGCCCUGGACCCCACGGCCGGCCGGCUGCAGGCGUUCCUGGGGGUCCCCGGGGAGGACCAGAGCUGCACCUCCCGGCUGGACGGCCACAAGGUCCUGUCCGCCCUGCAGACCAUCCAGGGCCUCCUGGUCCUGCAGGGCGGGGCCGCCGGCCAGACCCGCCUGCUGCUGUCCACGGUGCUGGGCCUGUUCACGGCCCCCGGCCUGCGCCUCAAGCAGCCUUUCGUGGGGGGCCUGGCCCCCUUCGCCCCCGUCACCCUCCCGCGCUCUCUCGACCUGUCCGCCGACCCCCAGCUGGCCGCGGAGAAGAUCGACAGGUUCAUGCAGGCCGUGACCGGGUGGAAGAUGGGCCGCCCCCUGCGGGAGGUCAGCCCGGACAGCAACCUGAUCUUCGACGCCCAGGUCCACUUCCAAGGACAGAUGAAGGGCUUCUCGCUGCUGGCGGGGCCGCGGGAGUUCUGGGUGGACAACGCCACCUCCGUGGCCGUCCCCAUGCUGUCGGGCACGGGCACCUUCCAGCACUGGAGCGACGCCCGGAACAACCUCUCGCUGACCCGCGUGCCGCUCAGCGCCAACGUGGGCCUGCUGCUCGUCCAGCCGCACGACGCCGCGGCCCUGGCCGACGUGGAGGCCCUCACCUUCCAGCACGACCUCCUGACCUGGACCAAGAACCUGGCUCCCCGGGCCGUCCGCCUGACGAUGCCCCAGCUGGCGCUGCGAGGCUCCUACGACCUGCAGGACCUGCUGGCCCAGGCCAAGCUGGCCACCCUGCUGGGCGCCGAGGCGAGCCUGGGCAGAAUCAGCGAUGAACCCCUCCGCGUCGGGCAGGUGCUGAACAGCGUCCUGUUUGAGCUCAAAGCCGAGCAGGGGGAGCAGCCCACGGAGUCCGCCCAGCCUCCCACGGAGUCCGCCGAGGUCCUGGAGGUGACCCUGGACCGGCCCUUCCUGUUCGCCGUCUACGAUCAGGACUCCACCGCCCUGCACUUCCUGGGCCGCGUGGCCAACCCGCAGAGCGCGGCGUGA